UCCUUACGGUGGACGUUGCGGAGUGAAGUCGUUGAUUGGAAUACGUGUUAUUACUUUGCUUCUUUAGGAUGUAUUCUAGCAGUGCUACUUGAUUAAGACUCGCAUGGAUAUUGACCUAUGAGGGUCUCUUCAUGAUGUCGUCUCUCUGCAUAUGGGUCAUUUUCUUUCGUAAUAAGGAGUUUUUCUUGACCUAAGAAAGACUGUAAAUAACAACACAUAAACACGAAAGGACUAGAAUCGCAAGCCUUGUCUUGACUGGUCCACUAGCGCCGCAGUCUGGAUAUCGGGAGGAAAUUUCAGCUGACGGGAUAAGUGGCCAUGGCAGACUCUAUGUAUUCCGACCUCAUAGCCAAGCACUAUAACUUCACGGGGAAACAACGGAAGGACUCCGGGCUCAGGGCGGACUCCGUGAUCUUCAUCAUCGUGUGCUGCUUCAUCAUCCUCGAAAAUGUGCUGGUCCUGCUCACCAUUUGGAGGACCAAGAAGUUCCACAAACCCAUGUACUACUUCAUCGGGAACCUGGCCCUCUCGGACUUGCUGGCGGGGGUGGUGUACACGGCCAACAUCCUCCUGUCGGGGGCCAACACUUACAAACUGACGCCCACACAGUGGUUCUUCCGGGAGGGCAGCAUGUUCGUGGCCCUGGCGGCCUCCGUGUUCAGCCUCCUGGCGAUCGCCAUCGAGCGCCACCUCACCAUGCUGAAGAUGAAGCUGCACAACAGCGGCAACACGUGCCGGGUCUUUCUGCUCAUCAGCACCUGCUGGUUCAUAGCGGCCAUCCUGGGCGGCCUCCCCAUCAUGGGCUGGAACUGCAUCGAGAGCAUGCCUAGCUGCUCCACAGUGCUGCCGCUCUACCACAAGACGUACAUCCUCUUCUGCACCACCGUCUUCAGCGUCAUCCUCAUGGCCAUCGUCAUCCUCUACGCCCGCAUCUACGCGCUGGUGCGCACGCGCAGCCGCAAGCUGGUCUUCCGCAAGGUGUCCAACGGCCGCGGCGGCAGCAAGAGCUCGGAGAAGUCGCUGGCGCUGCUGAAGACGGUCAUCAUCGUGCUGAGCUGCUUCAUCGCCUGCUGGGCGCCCCUCUUCAUCCUGCUGCUGCUGGACGUGGCCUGCAAGAGCCACCGCUGCGACAUCCUCUACAAGGCCGAGUGGUUCCUGGCGCUGGCCGUACUCAACUCGGCCAUGAACCCGCUCAUCUACACGCUCACCAGCAACGAGAUGCGCCGGGCCUUCCUCAAGAUGCUGCUGUGCGCCUUCUGCAGCCGGCCCGGCGGCAAGUUCUCGCGGCCCAUCAUGGGCGCCGAGUUCAGCCGGAGCAAGUCGGACAACUCCUCCCACCCCAACAAGGACGAGCCCGAGUACUCGCCCCGGGAGACCAUCGUCUCCUCUGGGAACAUCACCUCCUCCUCAUAGGAGGCCCCCUGCCUUGGACUGGUGUGUAAAUGAGUGAAUGUAUUUGUUUGCUGAUGUAGGCCCGGGACUUUUUCGCUCCUGAUAUUUCCAGAGGAGUUUGCUAGAAGCAUAUGGGCUUCCACACUGAGAGUGCUUAUGAUGAGGGAUGCGUUCAGCCAAAAAAAGGGCUAAACUGGAGGGAAAUUAUUGUGUAUGUAUGUGUGUAUAUACAGUAUACACACAACACCCAUACCAGUGGUUAACUUGAACUGGAAACUGUUUUUUUAUUUCUUUCCUAUACCACUGAGCAACUGUUAGUGUUGAACUUGUCCCACAUUCACACAGAUCUAUAAUAGGGAAGCACUUAGCACCUGAUUUGUAACCCUGACUAAUCAGUAUUAUCUACCAAGCCUACUUUUUCAUGGAUAAAAGAUCCAAGCAGUUUCAGUUCAAGGUGUAUUUGUGUAUUACCUGCAGCACUUGUUGUAAAAGUGCAGAUGAAGAGCUGUUAUAGGCAUUACUGACACUCUAAAAUGUGUUUUGAAAGAGUGGGGUUAGUUUGUUGAUAUUAUUAUUGUUAUUGUUACUAUAAUGAAAUAUUUAAGAAAUACAAUUAAAUAUGCACUUGUAUUUCUUUGACUUAACUCUGAAGUCUAGCACCAUGUAAAUGCUACCCCUGAUUUGAGAAUGUAUUUUGUACUUAAUUUUGUAUUAUAUCACCCUUAUUCAGUGAAGUUAUUCCUGUAGCAGUGCAGUGUAGUGGCAAUAAUUUAUCUUGGAAGCAAUUAAAAAGCAUUGUUGUCUGAAGAGUGGUUAUGCUGUUCAAACACGAUGGAGGCUGACUUGCUUUGAUCUGUUAUGUUUUAUUGUUCUUUCUGCAUGUUUCCAUUGGAGAAGUUUCUGUGUAGAUUUUUGAAAUGGCUCAAACCUCUCGUGUCUUGCCAAAAAUGUAAGGUUGGCCUCUCCAUUGUUUCCAUACUGUAAAGUUUGCUUGAGUCGCUUUCUAUCCUGUUGUAUUUGCAGAUAAGCAGUCGGAUAUGUAUAAAGUGUCUGAAAGGGGUGUGACAAACCACUAAAUGUGUCAGAAAGCCUUAGGGGAGUAUGUAAGAGGCCUGUGUUAUCUCUGAAAGCUGGGGAAGCUGACAGUCGGGCUCUGCAUUUCCUAGGGCUUUCCAUGUCAGCCUGAAACUGGAUUCUGGCCCGAAAAUUAAGCACAAACAUAUAAAAUAUUUACUGAAAGCUAAUGAACAGUAGAAGUGGCUCAUUCUAAAGAUGUCCUACAGAAACUUUUAUUUUGUUGUUUGUGUAAAUUGUGUAAAGAUGUGUUGUUAUUGCUGAGCUCCGCCUCACUAGUGUAAAGGCCUCUGAGGAGAAUCAAUUCAUUGCAGUUUUGUUGCCAAAAUGUGUUGCUCUUUUGUUGUUUCAAUGUUCUUCCACUUAUUAUUUGCACACUGUAAUGUUUGG